AUGGCAAAACAGAUCAUCGACGACAAGUGCCCGAUAUGCAUCCCGUUUAUCCUCAAGCGGCUGCAGGAGCACACCUCUAAAAGCACCGAUCCCUUCUUCAUCGGUCUGAAUGGAGUCCAGGGCGUGGGGAAGACCACCCUCGUCACCAUGCUAGAGCAAACACUAAAACAACCGCCCUACUCCCUCCCCAUCGUCGUGCUCUCGAUCGACGACCUCUACCUCACCCACGCAGACCAAGUCGCCCUCGCCAGCUCAGACCCCAAGAACCCCCUCAUCCAGCACCGCGGCGUGCCCGGCACCCACGACAUGUCUCUUGCCGCCAAAGUGUUUUCCGCACUCAAGUCCGGCACCGAGACAAAGAUCCCGCUCUACGACAAGUCCCAGUUCAACGGCCAGGGCGACCGCGCGCCGGAAUCGACCUGGGCGACUGUCAAUAAACCCGGCGAGCCAAAGAUCAAAGUCGUCCUCUUCGAAGGCUGGUGCGUUGGUUUUCGUGCGCUUGCAGAUGAGGGCGUUCUCAAGAAGCGAGAGGAGUCUGUAGUUGCGCAUGAAGCGGGUACUGGAGACCUGCGCUCGGCGCUGUGGAAGAACAGACCAGAAGAUCUCCUGUUCAUCAACUCAAAGCUGCGCGAGUACGACGUCAUGACCGAUCUAUUUGACGCCUUCGUGCACGUCGACGCCGAAAAGACAGAGUACGUGUACAACUGGCGUCUUCAACAAGAGGCUGAGCUGCGCGAGCGGAGCGGCAGAGGAAUGACGGACGAGCAGGUCGUCGAGUUUGUCGAUGGGUAUUAUCCUGCCUACGAGCUUUAUACCGAUGGUCUCAGGAGUGGCGUGAUCAAGGGUGUCGAGGGCGCUCAGUUGAGAAUGACGGUUAAGGAGGAUCGGAAGGUGAUUAGUUCUACAGUUAUAUAG